AUGAUUGGUAUUCAGAUGGUCAAAGUUGGAUACGAACUACCCAAGCAGUACAUACGGCAGCGACUAGCUGACUUAACCAUCUGCUUAUUACCGUUGAUGACAUUGCAGUGGCUAGCAACAUCCGUGUCUCUCAUCAUUGGUUCUUGUGUCAUCUGUAUUGAUCCAGUCUUAUCACAAGCCAUCGCCAAAGGUCCCUUUGCCGAUAAGUAUGUCCGACGACAUCUACGAGAGUUCAUCUCGGCAGAAGCAGGUGGGAAUGACGGAUUUGGAUUUCCCUUCCUUCUCCUGUCGAUUUCUCUGUUAAGAUACGACGAUGCACCUAAGAAACGUGAUUGGAUCGGAGAGACCGAUACUGGAAGAUUUGGAGGAAAUGUUGGGCGCGCUUUGGCUCACUGGGCUGUUGAGGGCGUUCUUUACAUGAUUAUCAUGGGUGCUGGGUAUGGAUUACUUGUUGGAUUUGUCAGUCGAAAGACAUUGAACGUAGCUUCGAAGAGACGCUGGAUCGACAAGGAGAGUUUCUCCUACUUCCCAGUCGCCAUUGGACUAUUUGUGGUCGGAACGUGUGGCCUUUUUGGCUCCGACGAAACGUUGGCCUGCUUUAUCGCCGGAUGCUCAUUUAAUUGGGAUGGAGCAUACCACCGCGAAUCCGAAAGCCGACAUGAUUCCUUCAAUUCAUCCAUCGAGACGAUACUCAAUUUCGCAACAUUUAUCUUCAUCGGUGCCGUGAUGCCAUGGCCUGAGCUUCACCUACCUGAUAUUACAGGAAUUACUCUUUCACGCCUCAUUGCACUGGGAAUUAUGCUACUAAUCUUCCGACGAAUUCCUGCAAUCCUGCUCGGGUAUCGAUUUAUGCCCAAUGUUUGUAAUGGCUGGAAAGAGGCUUUGUUCAUGGGGUAUUUUGGGCCGAUCGGAGUCGGCGCUAUUUCAUACGUGGAAUAUGCCCGUCGUCUUCUUCCUGAUGGAAACAGUGAUGCCGAGAUCAAUCAUUUGACUGCAGCCAUGAUACCCGCAUUGAACCUCAUCUAUCGAUGGCUUCGAGUUCCUGUCGUUCGAGAUCAUCCAACAGAACUUCUCCUUCUUACACAGAAUGAACCAGUUCCUAAUAACAGCCUCGUGGAUGGCAAUUCAGUUUUGGUCAAUAAUCGGUUCUCUUGUCACGGUGAAAUUGAGGGGGAUACUAGUAUAUUACUACGGGCGGCUUCUCUACCUAAAAACCCCAGCUCGUCCCGGCAACUGGAAGUAGUUUGA